UAGAGGAGACCUAGGGGCCCUGGGAGCUGGAGCUGCCGCUAGGACGUCGCUAUCCAUGGAUUUCUUUUCCUUCCGGGGGCCGUUCCGCUUCUUGGGUCUCCUGCUCUGGGGAGCGGCAGCUGCCAUGGCUUGGGCUGGGGUCUCAGCCCUCAGAACCCACAGGAGCUACCAGUAUUUCUGUGACAAUCCUUUCCUGGAGGUGCUGGGCUGUUUGGUAGUGAGCACAGCCCCGCUACUGCUGAUUACUGGGGGCCUGGCGGUAGGCAUCUCCCGUUGGAACACUGGUCCCUGGCAAGGCCUAUUUCUUUAUGGGGUCGUGGUUUUGCUUUGCAUGGAAGCCUCAUCUGUUUUGCUGGCACAUACCUCAUCCUGCCAGAGAGAUUGGGAGACACACAUGCUGAACGAUCUCCUCCAUCAUUAUGGAAACAAAUCUGACCCCGAGACCAGAGCUGUUGAUAGACUUCAAGAAGAGCUGCAGUGCUGUGGGAUUUACAAUUACACGGACUGGGGGGUGAUCGGCCGCUUUUCUGCUCCUACAAGCUGCUGUCAGAAGAUCUUCUUGAAUUGCACUGGCGCCUUGGGCCCCUCUCAGCUACUGUAUCAGGAGGGGUGUCUGCCAAAGCUGGAGCAGCUUCGGAGGUUGUCCUUGGCCAUGUAUUCUGGUGCUGUAUUGGGGCUCUGGUUCUGGAGCUGCUUGCUGCACUCAUCAGUGGAUUCCUCAUGA